AUGGAGAGUUUACCGGGUCUUAGUGAUGGGCGUGCUCUUGCUGUAGAAGAUAGCAACGAAUCACACACCCUAACGAUCCCUAAAGGUUCAGAAUGGAAAGUGGAAAGACCCUCAGAGGCGAGACUGACUAUUAGGAUUAAGAGUGGGAUUGCUGAAAUAUUUGGGACUGAACUGGCAAAUGAUAUUGAAUACGAAUUUAGAAACUUCAAUUUCUCCAUACUGGCCGUGGAGGAUGUCACUUUGGAGUGGAAAUGCCAUGAGAUGAGUAGUCAGAGUUUACAGGUUGUACCUAAUAGCACGUCCAAUUUGGUCUAUAAUCUGCAUUUUGCCCUUGAGAAGAUGAGAUGUUCGAGUUUUGAGGGCCCUAGAGUCAUUGUGAUAGGUUCGAGUGGUUCAGGUAAGACUGCACUUUGUAGAACCCUUUGUUCCUAUGCUAUUAAAUUUAAACCAUUUCAACCCAUGUUUAUCAAUGUGAAUCCUCAAGAAGGUAUAUUUUCGCCACCAGGAUGUGUAACUGCUGUCCCAAUUUCAGAUAUCUUGGAUGUGCAGUGCUCCACUUGGGGUCAAAGUAUGACUAGUGGUGCUACUCCAUUGCACAGCAAGCAACCAUUUGUGAAGAAUUUCGGGCUGGAAAGAAUAUCAGAUAAUAGAGUCCUUUUCACAAAGAUGGUUAAUGAGUUAGCAUUAGUUGUGGAUGAUAGACUAGCCAAUGAUGCGUUAGUGCGCAGGUCUGGUUGUAUAAUCGACACGCCGCCAUUAUCACAUUUAGACGAUGAUGGUCAAGAAUUGGAAAAUAUGAUCAGACAGUUUAAGGUUAACGUCAUAAUUGCCAUAGGAGAUGACGCAGAUGAAAUAUUUGAAAAAUAUUCUGCUAGAUUUAUGCCCUAUGUCGGUCCCAAUUUCAUCAGAGUACCGAAAUUGAGCGGUUGUAUAUCUACAGAUGACGUCUACAAAAGAUUGUUACAAAGGUCAGCAAUUCGAGAGUAUUUCUACGGAACUUAUAAGACCGUGCUUAGUCCCUACGCCAUUGGAGCUGACAUUGGAGAUGUUAACGUUUGGAAACCUAAAAACAUUAUGGAACUACCAGAAUCUGAAGUCGGCGUAGCUACAGAGACUGAAAUGUUGCCCGUUGAAGUCACCGCUGGCAAUUUGCAACAUUCCUUAGUGGCCAUAACUUAUGCAGAUAGAAAGUCUUCGCCGGUGGAUGUGGAACAUGCGCCGAUUCUGGGAUUUGCAUUGAUCACUGAAGUCAAUGAGAAGAGGAACAAGUUACGAAUUCUGUUGCCCGUACCAGGGAGAUUGCCUAACAAAGCCGUAACGUUGACUUCUUAUAGAUAUUUAGAAUAA